AUGGCAUUAUCAGUGGAUCGCAAGACGGUCGCGAUCUAUGCCGGCGCUGCCUUUCUAAGGUUACUUGUCUUCGUGGCCUUUCCGGAUCUGUCGGACUUCUUGGGCAAUCAGGUCGAGAUCUCAACACCAAUAUCCAGCUUCAAGCGACUUCAAGAGGGCUUGUUCCUCUACCAGCAUGGCCUCUCACCCUAUGAUGGUGGCGUCUUUCAUCAGGCACCGUUGCUCCUCGUCCUCUUCGAGACGUUGCCGUCGGCGUUAGUCUUUGUUGCAUUGGACCUUAUAAACGCCGCGUCUCUCCAACAGAUCGCCAACGACCUGCAUAUUCCCACGCCUCGAUUUCGGAAACUGGAUGGCUCGAUAAUAGCGGCAGCAUAUCUAUUCAACCCAUUUACUAUACUGUCUUGCCUGGGCAAAAACACCAGUAUUUUCACCAAUGCAGCCAUUAUUCAAGCCGUUCUAAACGCACAGUCCGGCAAUGCUAUUCGAGCAAUGUUCAGUCUGGCCAUUGGCACAUAUCUGUCCAUGUACCCGGGCCUACUCUUGCCACCGACGAUACUCAUGAUUCUCCAAAACAAAAACCAACCAAUUUCCGCUACUAUUUCGAUCCUAUCGUAUCUAGGAGCUUUGGCAGCGUUGCUCCUCACCACUCCUAUUCUGACUGACGGAUUCUGGGACUUCCUCUCGUCCUGCUAUGGAGCACAACUGACUGUCACCGACCUUACGCCAAACGUGGGACUCUGGUGGUAUUUCUUCAUUGAGAUAUUCGACUCCUUCCGGGACUUUUUCAUUGGCGUGUUCUGGUUACAUCUCGUGGGGUAUGUUGGAGGAUUGAGUUUUCGACUUCAACGACAGCCACUUUUUGUCAUCACCAGUCUUUUGGGAUUAUUUGCCAUUUUCAAGCCAUACCCCAGCAUAUCAGACGUCUCGUUGUAUCUCGGCUUCCUCCCAAUGUACUCGCACAUUCUACCACUGACUCGGUAUACCUUCAUUGCCGCAUCGGUGCUGCUUUAUUCAACCCUUCUCGGUCCGGCAUUUUACCAUUUGUGGAUUUAUUCAGGAUCGGGCAAUGCCAAUUUCUUCUACGCCAUUACUCUCGUAUGGAGUCUUGGACUGACCAUUCUGGUGGGAGACACCUUGUAUGCCGUUUUGCGCGAUGAAUUCGAAAUAGAGCGACCUGAGAUGAGGGGCAAACCCGUGCGCCAGAUAUAG